AUGCCGUCCAUUGAUGAUGGCGUCUUUGGGGUGCCACUCGCGAAGCGCCAGAAGGUUGCGCCGGACGACCGUACUGUCCAGGCAACCCAGGUGCAAGCCCCCUCUGGCUCAAGGAUAUUUUCUCCCUUCCGUACUUUGGGCCUAGUGUCUCCGACAUCCGUUCCGUUUACUUCUGUCGCAUUAGGGAAGACUACGUUCCAGAUCACUACGUCUGUUGGCAAAUGCCUGCAAACGUAUGAUUUACGACGCGGCCUGAAUCUUGUAUUCCUCACCCGUCCUGAAACUCCUGGAACAAUUACGUCCAUAUAUGCCUGGAAAGACUGCGUUUUCGCUGCGUGGGGUGGCUCCUUAGCAAAUGAGCACCGCGGGGUGUGGGUAUUCAAACGAGGGAAGAAAAUUGCGGAGCUGGAGCCCCCCGCAAACUACCAUGAUUCUAUUGAGCAAUUGAUGGUUUUUGGUUUGUGGAUAAUAGGAUGUGGGAGCAAAACAGUCCAAGUCUGGAAGACAGCAACAUAUCAACAUUAUACCACACUGAUUCCACCCGCUCAGCGAGCAAGUUCAACAGGGCGGGUACUUACCGGCAAGAUGUGCAGUAUGCCAACUUAUCUAAAUAAGGUGUUUGUUGGAAGAUACGAUGGUGGUAUUGACAUCUGGAAUGUCUCGACCGGAAAGCUUCUCUACACACUGCUGCCUAGUCUUCCUAAUGCUGGGGCAGUAACCGCAAUGGAACCAACCCCGGCCCUAUCGGUCCUGGCUGUCGCUUAUAGUAGUGGCGCGUUAGUCAUUCACAACAUUAGAACUGACCAGCCAGUUCUCCAGCUGCGUUCCUCGACCUCUAAUACCCUUCCUAUUAGCUCUAUAUCCUUCCGCACCGAUGACCUUGGGGCUGGGAAUGAUGGAAGAAAAGCAGGAGUAAUGGCGACGUGUGCAGGCGAUAGUGGAGACAUUACAAUGUGGGACUUGAAUGAUGGUGGAAGGGUAACAGGAAUUUUGCGAGAUGCCCAUGAGGCUUCUGGAGGGGUCCGUGCGCCAGGCAUCAACAAGAUCAAAUUCCUGAGUGGCCAGCCAGUUUUAAUAUCCACUGGAACAGAUAAUGCGCUUCGAUCGUGGGUAUUCGAUGAAACCCCUUUCUCGCCCAUUCCACGCCCGUUGCAUGCGAGAUCUGGGCAUUCAGCACCAAUUACCACGAUUACGUUUCUUCCUCCUGGAACAGACGGCUCGGAAACUACCGGGAAGUGGUUGCUCAGCGCAAGCAAAGAUCAUAGCCUUUACGGAUUAAGCUUGAGAAAAGAUGGUCAAAACGCAGAACUUUCUCAGGGAAAAGUGAAGAGCAAGUCAAAGAAGAUCGCAGUCACUCAAGGUGCUGGCGAGUACGUUUCAAGAUCUGAAGCCCUCAAGACUCCAGAGAUUACUUGUAUAGCAUGCUCUCUCAAUCGCGAUGGAGGCAUGGGUUCUGCUGCUGCUGGCCCAAUCUGGGCUAAUGCCAAAACCGUAAGUGCCGAUAGCACAAAUAUGACUGGUUGGGAGAGCGUGGUCACCGGGCAUAAAGGCGACAGAUUUGCACGUACAUGGCUUUGGGGAAAGAGGAAAGCUGGCCGUUGGGCACUCGAAACUGGUGAUGGCACCGAGGUCAAAAGCGUUGCUGUAUCGUCCUGUGGAACAUUUGCUCUUGUCGGGUCCGACGGUGGAUCCAUCGAUACCUAUAAUUUGCAGUCUGGCAUUCGACGCCAGUCAUUUCCGACGAAACUCUCCCCCGCUCAAUUACGAAAAGCAAGGCUGGAGCAAUUGCAAGCGGAAGAUAGCGGCGAUGUGGCAGGUGUUAUCCAACCUGGGCAGGGAAAGCAUACCAAAGCAGUGACAGGUAUUGUUGUUGACAGCUUAAAUACUACUGUUAUCAGCUGCAGUUUGGAUGGAAAAGUCAAGUUUUGGGAUUUCGCCACAGGCCGCUUGAAGCAUGAACUCGAUUGGUAUCCAAUGUGUGCUAUUACUGGGCUCCGCUGCAGCAAUUCUAGUGAUCUCAUUGCUUUAACCUGCGAUGAUCUCUCUAUUCGCGUUAUUGACACCGAAACCAAGAAGCUUGUUAGAGAGCUCUGGGGUUGUGUCGGUCAGGUCAAUGAUUUUUGUAUAUCUCACGACGGUCGUUGGGUUAUUGCUGCGUCUAUGGAUUCUGUGAUCAGAGUAUGGGAUUUACCAACAGGCCACCUCAUCGAUGCAUUCAGACUGCAAAAUACGUGCACCUCCCUUGCAUUUUCUGCCACAGGAGAAUUUUUGGCUACAGCCCAUGCAGAUGGUGUGGGCGUUAAUUUAUGGAACAAUCAAAGCUUGUUCACACAUAUACCAACUAGUCAUAUUGAUGAAGACGCUAUCGUUGAGGUUGACGCGCCUACUGCAUCCGGGGAAGGCGGUGGUGCGACUAUUGAGGCCGCCUUCAGAGAAGAUGAAGACGGAACGGAUAAGAAUAGCCUGAUCAUGUCUGCUGAGCAACUUGGCAGUGAUAUGAUGACAUUGAGUAUCACCCCUAAAAAUAGGUGGCAGGCAUUACUCAAUUUGGAUUUGAUCAAGCAACGAAACAAACCAAAGGAGGCGCCCAAAGCCCCUAAAAAGGCACCCUUCUUCCUUCCAUCGACACUUUCGAAACUGGACUCAGAGGAAAAGUCACUAGAUGUCGGCCUGACAGCCAACAAUGAAGAAGAUCAUAUUUCAACUACCCGUGCCGAACGGACCAGAAUUGCCAAACUACAACAAAUCCACGGCGCUCAACUUCACACUUCUCAUUUUACGUCUCUUCUCCACUCUAGCAAGGACACGGGCGAUCACACCUCUUUUAUUGAGUACCUUAAAUCACUCUCCCCCGCCAAAGCUGACAUAGAAAUUCGGUCCCUUGAUCCUAUCAACCGCGAGUAUGGAAAUGAAAUGGCAAUGUUCGUCACCGCACUCGUAGCUCGAUUAAAAGAGAAGCGAGACUUUGAGAUGGUCAAUGCAUGGAUGGCUGUAUUUUUACGAGUGCAUGCCGACUCUAUUGAAGCUACAAAGUCUGAAGAUGUCAAUAGAGAUACAGUGGAUAGUGAUGGUGACGAUAACGGAAGGAUAGCUCUUCAAACGGCUUUGAGUGAGUGGAAAACGGAGCAUGAAAAUGAGGGUAAGAGGUUGGCAGAACUGGUUGGAUAUUGUCGAGGAAUAGUUGGGUUCCUGAGGUCGGCAAGAUAG